UUUUAGUCAUCACAAUGAUGCACAACUUAUAAGGAAGUAAGCUUUUAUUUUUCAAACGUAAUGUUUAAACAAAAUGGAGGAAGGUGAUCAUCCCCGUGGCCAUCUUGUUGGUGUGGAAAGCGGCGAGAGAGAAUCCUACAUGUACCUACUGAUGUCCCUCGUGCUGGGGAUACUGGUGGUGCCUAUCAUCGUGUAUGGGCAGAGAGAAGAAUCUGAUGUCGGUGCGGUUGACGUCGUCAUUGGAAUUAACUUAACGCUUAGAUUCCUUGCAGCAACAACUAUAGUUUUUGCCAUCGUAUCAAUCCACAAAGCUGAGAGCGAAUGGGUCAGUGAAAAGUCUUCUUCCUUGAUAAUCAAAACCAAACUGGGAUUUCUAUGGGUUUUUGGAUUAGGAAAAAUUGUCUUUGCUGUGAUUUAUGAGACGUUUUAUCUUCAAUGCAGAGAUCUUAUUCCUUGGAAAUUGACGACUAUCUUAGCUGUAGACUGUUUUACAAACAUACCAUUUGUGAUUUUACAAUUGAUAUUCUUCUUAUAUGUGGGUCGAUACACAUUCACUAACAAGCCGAGAAUUAAAUAUGUCGCCUCUGUAAUUGCAAUUACGAACUUUAUGGAGUUUUUGAUUUUGAUGACUCUUAGUGUCAACGGAAACAAAGACCUGAUCUUCGAUGGAAACAACACGGCUAUUGUCAAUUGCAUCGGAUACAGCCAAACUGUAGUUGACAAUUUGAUACUUGUACAUAAGGCGUUUAAACCCCCAGUUGCACUGCAGUAUACUGCGUUGGCAAUAACCCUUGCCUUCAGCAUGAAACCAGACACAGAAAAUCUCUUUAGCACAUUGAAUUCACAGUGUAUCAAAUUUUCCUGGAGAACCCCCAGGCGAUUGGCAGAGAUUGUUAUAGUAGUGGCAUUAAUGAAUAUUCCUCUUUUGGUGUGUGCUCCUUUUAAUGUUGUUUAUCCCGACAGCAAAAUACAGUCCCGAAUAUGGUUAAGCUUAAUUUUGGCUCAAAAAACAACAGUAUUGAUUUGUAUAUUAGCAAUUAAUUAUCUGAUAUUCAAGAAACUGAAAUUAUGCGUAAAAGAUGUCAACUUAACUGCCGACGAAGUCGCUCUUCUUGUCAGUGGUGUUGCGGUUGUGGCGUAUAUGUCAAUGCAAAUUUUCAAUCAGUCCGAAGUGGAUGGUCUGUUAACAACCCUCAUUGCUAUCAGUCUGAUAUCCAUUCUGUAUCAGAUCAUCAUCAUUUUGUUUGGCAGAAGAAUGGACCUGAUCGGAAAUGAAAUAUCCACUAUUCACCUCAUACAACAAUUUGUCAUUAUUUUGGCUUGUAACAACAUGGCUGUAUGGUUUAAUGACUUUCUGUAUGGUUUGUGGGAUAUGUCGAACGAUCACAUAUUACGACACAGUGUCUUUGAAUACAUUGCACUUAUGUUAUAUCCUUUAUUAGCUUAUUAUAGAUUUCAAUCAGCCACGGAGCUAAUGGAACUGUAUCGACACGUGUCUUAAGUAAAAUAUGCAUUGGAAAAUGAUAACUUGCUCUGAACAAACACUAAUUUGACUCUUGUUUUUGCAUAUAACAUGAAUUAAACCCUCACCCCAAAA